AGCUUCUUAUUGACGUCCAUUUGAGUUUGUGUCGUACGAACUUCGGUUUCAUGAGCGAGUCGAAAGCUUUCAUCUCGAAGCCUUUCUGCUGCAGCGCGUUCCCGUUCAGCAUUGAAAUAUUGAAGAUGGUUCGAAGCGUGCCAUUCUUCGGGAGUGUACUUCGGUGGAGGCUGUACUAACCUGGCCAUCUUGCUUCCUUUUCUCAAAAUGUCCGUCUUCAAUGGAGUAAACUUGAUUUGUAAUUCUUGUUGCGGGAAGUCCUGGAAAACAAGCCGACGUUCCUAAGCAACAGCUGAUCAGGUGGGUCAUUACAAAUUUGAGCCGAUUGUUGCUAAGAAGAACUGUCAGCGGUAAUACAUCUUAAACUAAGAUGGCGGACGAUUCUAUCCAUAUGAGUGUGGUUCAGAUUGGUGAAAGAAAAUUACGGUUUUUGGAAUGGGCAACGACAGACGACACGAUUUCAAAUUCACAAGAGCAAAAAGAUAACAUUCCUUUAUUUCUUGGGGCUGAUGUGCUAUCUGGGUGUUCUAUCGCUGUAUCUAACUUACCAAGGAUGCAUGCGAAGUUUUCCAAGCAAGGCCUAGCUGUUAAAGUUAACUUCCCCAAUUCUCUUCGAUUGCAUGGCAUCCAUGGCUCUGCUCGUGGUGUUUGGUUCUACUCAAUUCAAGGCCUUUUCAGAGUUUGCUUUGAGUAUUACAAUCGCGAGGAACAACUAGAAUGCCUAACAAAGCUCUGCGCCUCGUGGAAGUUAAGAUUUACAGACAAGCCAUUUAGGCAAAGAGAAAUUGAACUCAAUUUUCAAGAUACUCUCAAACAACAGGUGGAAAUCCCUGCAGGCCCAGGUGACACAGAUUCAACUGGACAGCCUUACUCGGAUAAAAACGUUAACCCAUCAGAAAUCACAUCCACUAAAAUAACGGAAUCUGAUGGCAACAUUUCUCACUCGCCUGCAUCAGGUUCUUUUUAUCACGGAUGCAUUACAACACCCAACUGGAAGCGAUACAUGAAAGAAAUCGAGAGAAUUUCGAAAGAAGCAGAUCAUUGCGACUUUGAAGAUCUUCUUGACACCAUUAUUAGAAUUUUAAAGGAGUAUGAAGUUCAAACAACUCCUAAACAAACUGGAUUAUCAGGGGUACUUGUAGCAGUUAGCAAAUAUCUUGGUGAUGAAUUUAAUAGACUCCAGCUUGAAAUCAGUGAAAGAGUAACCGAGUUCAAGAAAAGGCAUAUAACUUCAAUUGAUAAUCUUCCCCCAUCAUCGAUUCUUGUCAAAGAACUUUUCCCUGAGUGUAUGCAGGUUUUAUUGUUGAGUUGGAUGGGAAGCAGGGAUGGUGGACAAGACAUGAACAGCAUUGUGCAAGUGAUAUUAGAACUUGUGAAUAUGAGCCUGGUUUCAGGUGUCGCUCAUGUCUUGUAUUCUAGGUUGAUACAAACUGAUACAGUUUAAUGUCUGAGUGUUCUCUCUAAUUUAAUUAUAUGUAAAAUAUUUUAUAGGCUUUUGACAAACCUCAGGGGGUGCAAACUUUUGGCAGUUUAGUUGCUGCCCAUAAUUUAAUAGGUUACAGUCUGAAUUAGUGUCUUGUAAGUCUUCCUUACUGUAAAAUUUGACAAAGAGUGUUUGUACAAAUAAAAGAAACCUCUUGCACCUGUUGGUAUUUCAAAAUUACUAAUACAGCUGACAAAUUUGGAAAAGUGAUGAAGCAUUUCUGAAGGGAAAGGGGUAGCGAUUACAGAAGUCAAAUGUUUCUGAUUAAGAUAUAUGGGGAAUUAAGGACAAAAAGAGGAUAACAAGGUGAUUUAUACAAUUUUUACAAUUUGGCUUCCUGUUCUAUGGGAAAGAAAUAUAGAAUAAUUAAUGACAUUAUUGAUGAGAGAGAAUCAGUAAGAAUGGUAAAUGCUGUGCCAUUCAUCCAUCGACCAGACCACAUGGCACUUAAGGUGAGUGAUGUGUCAGCAGCUUAUUGGCAACAUCUAACUCAUAACAAAACAUUGCAAUUUUACAUAUGCACAGUUAUGGCUUUUCUCAGCAGGGAAAUCCUGCCAGUUUGUAUAUAAGUCAUGAAGUAUAUGAAGGUAACUUUUCUUUCAUUUUAAUACUGCAACUGUAAGUUAACAGUUUGAAUAAAUUUAGAUUAAAAUCUACA